AUGGCUCUGGGGCUCCGGUGUCGCCUCCUCCUCCUCCUCUUCCUGGUGGCCGUCGAAGGGGAGGGCAGGUUCUUCGAGGUGAGCAGAAAGGUGAGGGGCGAGGAGGAGCCGUUCCUGCUGCUCAACGCUGACCUGAAGAGGGAACUCUCCGAGGGGCAGAUCUACCGCCGGGCGCUGCGGUGCAUCGACAUGUUAAGCAUCGAAGGACGGUUCACUUUCACUGCAGAGCAACCCCAGCUGCAUUGUGCGACCUUCUUCAUAGGAGACCCGCAGGAAUUCAUCACGCUAGACUUUGACUUUGUCAACAUUGACUGUCAAGCAGGAGAUUUUCUGAAGGUGUUUGAUGGCUGGAUACUUAAAGGUGAGAAGUUUCCUAGCUCCUUGGAUCAUCCUCUUUCCACGUUGGAAAGAUAUAUAGACUUUUGUGAAGGAGGCGGCAUCAGGAGCACCAUCAGGUCAUCGCAGAAUGUGGCAAUGAUCUUCUUCAGGAUUCAUGACCCAGGAAAUGGAUUCACAUUAACAAUAAAGAAAAAGCCCAACUUAUUCCCUUGCAAUGUCAUCUCUCAGACCCCUGCUGGAAGGUUUACCAUGGUCAUUCCUCAUCAGCACAGAAACUGCAGCUUUUCCAUAAUCUAUCCAGUGGUGAUAAAAAUAUCUGAUCUUAUGUUGGGGCGCUUGAAUGGCCUCCACUUAAAGAAACCCUCUGCAGGCUGUAGCGGAGUAGGAGAUUUUGUGGAGCUAUUGGGAGGAAAUGGGUUAGAUCCCUCUAAGAUGUCCCCUUUAGCUGAUUUAUGCCACUCCUUCCAUGGUCCUGCCCAAAUGAAAGUUGGUUGCGAUAACACUGUGCUGAGAAUGGUCUCCAGUGGUAAACAUAUCAAUCGUGUAACAUUUGAGUAUCAUCAGCUGGAACAACAUGAACUGGAAAACAGAAAGGAGAACAGCCUUGAAGAUUUCUGUUUUUCAAGUGUUUGAGAAGCUGCACACGUCCCUCUUGGUUAUAAUGUUGUGUUAAUUUUGGGCAGUUAACUUUAUGAAACCUUUCUAGUAUAUAAACACAUAUCUUUUCAUACUGAAUCGUUAUUU